CCCGCCUGCUUUCAGUUACUCCUUCUACACUGCCGCAAAAUCGGUCCCUUAGAAUAAAACGGAAUUUAGGCUAAAAAAAAAGAAAAAGAAAAAAAAGAAGGCAACAAAUAAAUUCUAAGCUAUUUAUUGGACAGUUUAUUCAUUUGCUUGUUUGUUUGUUUAUUUAUUUAUUUAUUACCUCGGUUGCGUCAUAAAUCGGUCGGGAGCGAGUCGACGCACACCUUCCUUUCUUCUAUUCCUGGUGUUUAAUCUGAGAUGGAAGUGAGAUGUCGGGCUUCGGUGGCGGUGAUGAUGCUGCGCGCGACUCUGGCGGUUCUGCUGUGCGCUGUGUGCGCGCGCUCCCAGCGACAAUACCUGAACGAGUGGGCCGUGGAGGUACCGGGGGGUCUACACGCUGCCCGGACCAUCGCCGACGAGCUCGGUUACGAGUUAGUGCGACAGAUUGGGGCCCUAGAGAACCAUUAUUUAUUCAAACAUCACUAUCAUCCUAGCAGGACCAAAAGAAGUGCAGAUCACAUUACCAAAAGGCUGUCAGAAGAUGACAGGGUGUCUUGGGCAGAGCAGCAGUAUGAAAUGAAACGGAGCAAGCGUGCUCCACUGGGGGGAGAAUGUAAAGACUGUUCUGUGGACAAACUUUUUGAUGACCCCAUGUGGAACCAGCAGUGGUACUUGCAAGACACGCGGACAUCGUCGUCGCUGCCGAAGCUGGACCUUCACGUGAUCCCUGUGUGGAAGAAAGGCAUCACUGGUAAAGGCAUUGUCAUCACCGUGCUGGAUGACGGUCUGGAAUGGAACCACACCGACAUCUACCCGAAUUACGAUCCUGAUGCCAGUUAUGAUUUCAAUGACAACGAUCCUGAUCCUUUCCCCAGAUACGACUCCACCAAUGAGAACAAACACGGAACAAGGUGUGCAGGUGAGAUAGCAAUGCAAGCAGACAACAACAAAUGUGGAGUCGGAGUGGCGUACAACUCAAAGGUCGGAGGAAUCCGAAUGUUGGACGGAAUUGUGACCGAUGCCAUUGAGGCGAGCUCUAUAGGGUUUAACCCUGACCACGUUGACAUCUACAGUGCCAGCUGGGGGCCGAACGACGAUGGAAAAACAGUAGAGGGGCCAGGUCGUCUGGCACAGAAAGCCUUCGAGUAUGGCAUCCAGAAGGGCCGUGGUGGAAAGGGCUCCAUCUUUGUUUGGGCGUCAGGUAACGGUGGGCGUCAGGGUGAUAACUGUGACUGUGACGGGUAUACGGACAGCAUCUUCACCGUCUCCAUCAGCAGCGCGUCACAGCAGGGUCUCUCGCCCUGGUAUGCUGAGAAAUGUUCAUCCACCCUCGCCACCGCCUACAGCAGUGGAGACUACACUGACCAGAGGAUUACCAGUGCUGAUCUUCACAAUGAAUGCACAGAGACACACACUGGAACAUCUGCUUCUGCUCCACUGGCAGCUGGGAUAUUCGCUCUGGCGUUAGAACAGAAUCCUGAUCUAACGUGGAGGGACCUGCAGCACUUGGUGGUGUGGACGUCCGAGUUCGAUCCUCUAGCGAAUAACCCUGGCUGGAAGAGGAACGGCGCCGGUCUUAUGGUGAACAGCCGCUUCGGAUUCGGCUUGCUCAAUGCUAAAGCUCUGGUAGACCUGGCCGAUCCCAAAGUGUGGAAGCAUGUGCCUGAGAAGAAACAAUGCAUUGUGAGAGAUGACACCUUCCAGCCCAGGCCUCUGAAGGCAGCAGGUGAGAUCAGCAUUGAGAUCCCCACUAAAGCAUGCACUGGCCAGACAAACGCUAUUUUCUCAUUAGAGCACGUGCAGGUAGAGGCCAGCAUUGAGUACACCAGGAGAGGAGACCUCCACAUCACGCUUACCUCUCCAUCAGGUACUACUACAGUGCUCUUGGCUGAGAGGGAGAGGGACACUUCCACUAAUGGCUUCAGGAACUGGGCCUUCAUGUCUGUGCACACCUGGGGAGAGAACCCUUCCGGCACCUGGACCCUGAAGAUCACUGACACGUCAGGGCGGAUGGAGAAUGAGGGGCAGAUCCUAAGCUGGAAGCUGAUUCUACACGGGACCUCUGAGAAGCCGGAGCACAUGAAAAAGCCGAGAGUGUACACUUCCUACAAUGCUGUGCAGAACGACCGCAGAGGAGUGGAACACAUGGAGGACAUGCUGGAGGAGGCCGCCCUCUCUCCUAACAAACCAGAGAAGCCCCGGACACCAGCUAAAGUCACAUCCUCUACACCUGACACUGCUUCUGGCCCAGAAGAAAAGCCUGCUUUGUCGCAGUCUUCGUCCUCCCCCAGUUUAGCGCUGCUGCGCCUCCUCCAGUCAGCUUUUAACAGACAGACCCCUGCCAUGUAUCCUCACUCCGUGGCUUCCUUCGGCCGAGCCGAAACUCGAGACAGGAUCCCUAAGAAGAAGUUGCUCGAAGCCAUGGAAUGGCUCAAACAGGACACAGUUCCUGAGAACAACCUGUACAACGACUACAGCGACAACUUCUACAGAGCACAAGCCUAUCGGCACAGAGACGACCGGCUGAUGCAGGCUCUGUUCGACAUGCUUGAAGGAGAGCAGCAGUGA